AUGACGGACAAAGCUGCCGAGGUGAAAGAAAACAUUAAAGAAAAGAUUCAUUCGGUUAAUCCACCACAACAUGCUCCUACACCAGAAAAAAUUGCUUCCCCCCUCGUCACUCUAAGCAGUCACACUGAUCCCUACCCUCAUUACUUCAUGUGUGCGGCUACUUUAAUUGGUUCAGGAUACGCUCAUCAAUAUUUGAAGCAACCAAGAACGGCUCUCGUUGCUGCCGCAAUCGGUGCAGCUUAUGGAGUUGCAGGUGCUGCGAUCCAUGGAGGAAAUCAUAGGGCAGGAUAUAGCAUUGCUUCCUUGGCAUCGGUGGCUCUUGUCGGGACUUCCGGUCCUAAGGCAUGGGCAGCCAAAGAACCGUUGCACGCGGCUCUUGCAAGUUUAGGAGCUGUCAGUACUGCGGGAAAUACAUUAAAGUUGUACCAAAUUGAUAAAGGUAGACCAAGAGAAUUGGAAAUGAGAAAGUGA